CGUCAUUACCGCGCGACGAGGAAGUUGUUGUUGUCGCGCUUGUCCUUCACAUCGUCCAUCCACUUCAUGUCGUUACAAAAGUGUACUAUACGUUGUUUUUGAAGCAAAGCCUUUUUUAAUGGAAUAACGAAGGGAAGAGAAGAAGUGGGUCGGAACCGCGGAGUCGUCUUAUUAUUCUUUAGCUUUAUAUUCGGUGAUCAGGAAUGGCAGCUCCAAACUCAGCGCAGAGGAAGGCCUGCUGGGACGCCAGGGAUCAACUCUGGCAAUGUUUGGACGACAACAAUGACAAGAUUCAAUCCUGUCAGAAGUUCCAGGGAGACUUCGAGGCAAAUUGUCCAGCUCAGUGGGUGAAAUAUUUCACCAAGAGGAGAGACUUCCUGAAGUACAAAGAUAAGAUGCAGAGAGAAGGCUUCACACCUGCUGAAGGCCCACAAGUAAACUCCUAACUCCUUCCAAACCGGAGCUCUGGAGACUGACUUUUAAUCACAUGAGCUCCUGAGUGGAGUUUUCAUUGUGAAUAGGAAAACGCUUCACCUUUACCAUUAUUUAUGUGAUCAGAUGAACCUGGCAAGUUAUUGGACAUUGUUACUUAGAAAUACAAAAAUUAUGUCUGUUUUUUUUUUGUUGUUGUUGCAAAUUGGUCUUAAUGGAAGAUUAAGAUCAAUGGAAUCCACCCAGAAGUGUCUGUGUGGUUUGUAUGACCGGAUCAACUGUUCCUGUCGCAGAGCAUUCAAGAUUCUGGAUUAUGACCACUCUGAAAAAACAUCAACAUUCGCUAAUGUUUUGGAAUAAAUCAAACCAACAGGGUGAUUUUGAUGGCUUUUAUUGUCGUACAUGUAUAUUGUUUUCCAACUCUAGCGCAACAGGUGGAUAUGAAUACCCUUUCAGAAUAAAACAGCUGAUUUGAGAAUGUUACAGGUCAUUAGAAACGGGCAAAAAAAAAACAACCAAAAAACACAUUGUGUUUAUAUUACAAAUCAGUGUGUAUUUACAAAGGAGUGUGGCCUCCGGGUCAAAAGGCUUCAAUGAAACUGUUGCUAGAAACAGGGUUCCUACAGUCUGGAGUUUGAUACAAGUUCUUUGUAUCAAAUGUAUCCGUCAAUCGGUCCAUCCGUUUGUAAGGCCGCCCCUCUGUCCGGUCAGUCCAACUGUCCAUUCGUCCUACUUUUUAUACACUAAUCCACUCAUCACUGCAUCAAUCAUCCCUCUACUCAUUCUCCAGUCAACCCUUCUGUCCAUCAUCCUUUACAUUUAGAAGUUUGCAUAGCUUGAUCUUUGGAAGCACCACAUUUUGAAGUUAACCUGAUCAAGAACUUUGAAGAUGAAAUUUUGACCCCGUAAAUGUGUAGGAACCCUGUAGAAAUCUACAAACCACAAAGAAAACUGUAGAUCUAUUCAGACUUCUAAGGUCUCUGGCAGUACAAAACGGUCACAAAUUACAUCUUAACUUUUUGUAUUUUCUGUGAAAAUAUAAAGCAUAUAUUUUUGCAUUUCUGCUCAGUACAGUGGAGGAUUUUGGAUAAACCUGACUUUGCCACCACGAGAGUUAUUGUGAUUUGAUGAUUGAUUAAACUAUUGCA